AUGGAACGGGACAUUAUCUCGUCCCAGAGCCCGUCCGACCGAUCAUACUGGCACGAGCGACGAGGAUCACGAUGCGGGGAAGGUCUGGAUUGCCGAGCCAGGCGGACCUUGGUCCGUACGGCCAAGCCGCAGUCCCAUCUUCUCGCUACCGGCAAUUGGGCCGCUUAUCGCAAUGGCGACUCGCUACACGCCAACCUGAGGCGAAGGCGGUGGAUAGUGGCCCAGAAGAUCAAUGGAGAGCAAGGUGGCGUAUACCAAAGCUCGGCUACCGCCAAGGGUCUGGAAGAAGUGCGCCACAGGCCAGAGCGUGGCUGA